AUGAGUUUGAUACAUGCAUGCGUUGCGUACAACGGAACCAUUCUGUGUGAGACCGCGACGGGCAAACGCGACUUCUCCCAAGCUUUCCAGACAAUUCUGUCCAAGAUUCCACCAAACAAUUCGAAACUGACAUAUGUAUGGGAACAGUACCUCUUCCACUACAUCUCAGAAGGCGGCUAUACCUUUCUUGUCAUGGCAGACGAUGCUCUAGGACGACGUAUCCCAUUCGCAUUUCUAGAUGAGCUCCAAUCAAAAUUCAACGCCUACUCUCCUCCGACGUCCAGCUCCUCUACUCCUACGGCAUCAAGCUACAGUGGAUUCACACCCACACUCUCCUCGCUCAUGCACGAAUACAACACAAACCCACCACCAGACGCGCUCUCAAAUGCCCAGCACAAUCUCGCGCAGGUCAAGGACAUUAUGGUCCAUAACGUCGAACAGAUCCUAUCACGCGGCGAGCGAAUCGAAUUGUUGGUCGACAAGACGGAUACAAUGGCAGGACAGGCGUGGGCAUUUAGACGAGGCGCGCGCACCGUUAGGAGGCAGCAAUUUUGGAAGAACCAAAAGAUUAUGUUGCUUAGCAUUGCCGUCGGAAUCGUACGCAUCUCUUUUCUGCUUUCACCUUCCGGAUUCUAA